CUCCUCAUUGCUCUGCUCUGCUGCAGCCCCUUCAGGAUCUCUGUCUCCUCCAACAUGACGGCCUACUCCUCCUCUGCCCAGUCCGCUUCCUCCUACCGCCGCACCUUCGGUCAUGGCACCUACGCCUCCCCCUCCCUCAACCGCUCCUUCCUGGGCCCCAGCGGAGGCAGCGGGGGUCACGUAACCUCCAGGGUCUACGAGGUGACCCGAACCAGCGCCGCACCAAACUACCGCGUGUCCUCCAGCUACCAUGGCAGGCCCCUGGGGGCCUCCAGGGUCUCUGUUGGACGCUCCCACGCCGGCAUGGGGGAGACGUUGGACUUCAACCUGGCAGAUGCCCUCAACCAGGAGUUCCUGACCACGCGCACCAACGAGAAGGCCGAGCUGCAGCACCUGAACGACCGCUUUGCCAGCUACAUCGAGAAGGUCCGCUUUCUGGAGCAGCAGAACCAGGCGCUGACGGUGGAGGUGGAGCGCCUGCGGGGGCGGGAGCCCACGCGCAUCGCCGACCUGUACGAGGAGGAGAUGAGCGAGCUGAGGAGGCAGGUGGAGAUUCUGACCAAUCAGAGGUCACGCCUGGAGGUGGAGCGAGACAACCUGGUGGACGACCUGGAAAGAGUUAAAAUCAGGUUGCAGGAGGAGAUUUUGCAGAAAGAAGAAGCUGAGAACAACCUGGCUGCUUUCAGAGCGGAUGUGGAUGCUGCCACUUUGGCCCGACUGGACCUGGAGAGACGCAUUGAGACGCUGCAGGAGGAGAUUGCCUUCCUGAAGAGGAUCCACGAAGAGGAGAUCCGUGAGCUGCAGAAUCAGAUGCAGGAGACUCAGGUCCAGAUCCAGAUGGACAUGUCCAAGCCGGACCUCACAGCAGCACUGAGAGACAUCAGGGCGCAGUAUGAGGGCAUUGCUGCCAAGAACAUCGCAGAGGCUGAAGAGUGGUACAAAUCCAAGGUUUCGGACCUGAACCAGGCUGUGAAUAAGAACAACGAAGCCCUCAAACAGGCCCGCCAGGAGACCAUGGAGUUCAGACACCAGAUCCAGGCCUACACCUGCGAGAUUGACUCACUUAAAGGCACGAAUGAGUCCCUGAUGAGGCAGAUGAGAGACAUGGAGGACCGCCAUGGACGCGAAGCCGGAAACUUCCAGGACACCAUAGCGAGGCUGGAGGCUGAGAUUGCCAACAUGAAGGACGAGAUGGCACGCCACCUCCGGGAGUACCAGGACCUUCUCAACGUAAAGAUGGCCCUGGAUGUGGAGAUCGCCACCUACAGGAAGCUGCUGGAAGGGGAGGAGAGCAGGAUCGCCCUGCCGAUGCAAAGCUACUCCACUCUGACUUUCAGAGAGACAAACCCAGAACACCAGCAGCGCUCCUCUGAGAUGCACUCAAAGAAAACAGUCCUGAUCAAGACCAUUGAGACCCGAGAUGGAGAGGUGGUCAGUGAGUCGACGCAGCAACAGCAGGACAUCAUGUGAGGACCUGAAGAGGACGAAAAGACAAGAAGACGCUCCACAGCAGCCUGAAAUUACUGAAACAAAGAUGUGCAAAUAAAAUUAAACAACG